AUGAUCGGCGUCAUACUGUCGCUGCAGAAGUCAGAGCCGGACCUGUACACGGACACUUUCAUCGCCGCCCUCGUCGCCAAUCUUCUUGGCGCCGGGACAGAGACGACGUCGACGACGACGGAAUGGGCGAUGGCGCUCCUGCUGAACCACCCGGCGGUGCUAAAGAAGGCACAGGAAGAGAUCGAAAGGCACCUCGGCCUCAGCAGCGAGCCGAGCCGCCUCCUCGACAAGAAGGACCUGCCCCACCUUCCUUACCUCCACUGCAUCAUCAGCGAGACGCUGCGGCUGUGCCCCGCCGCGCCGCUGCUGCUGCCGCACGAGGCCGCCGCCGACUGCAAGCUCCACGGGUACGACGUCGCCGCGGGCACGAUCGUGCUCGUCAACGCGUACGCCAUCCACCGCGACCCGGCGGCGUGGGGACCGGCGCCGGAGGAGUUCAGGCCGGAGAGAUUGGAGCAUGGCAGCGCCGAGGGAAAGUUCAUGAUACCGUCCGGGAUGGGCAGGCGCAAGUGCCCCGGGGAGAGCCUCGCCAUGAGGACCAUGGGCUUGGUUCUAGGCACGCUGGUCCAGUGCUUCGAUUGGACAAGGGUCGGGGACGAAGAGGUCGACAUGGCCGCGAAUUCCGGGACCGUCAUGUUCAAGGCCGUCCCUCUGGAAGCUCUCUGCACACCGCGAGCCGGCAUGGAUACUCUUCUUCAGAAGCUGUAA